AUUUAUGGCAACGUCAUAUAUAGCUAUCCAGUUAUGUCUCGCCAUUAACUCAAGCUUAGCCUCACUGGUGAUAAACCAUGUUGGCGUCCUUUGAAAAUUUCCACUAUCAGAAAACUUUUCUUCUGUUCUUCGUUCUCUUUAUCCUUCCAAUAAAUUUAGCUCAACCACUUUCCUUCACCAUAACUAACUUUAACGAUACUGAAAGUGCAAGCAUAGUUGGAUACGCAGGCGUAGCCCUCAUAGAGAACGGAGCUGCAGUUCUCAAUCCACUCGUCAAAAAUGGAGUUGGAAGAGCCGUCUAUGGCCAACCUCUACGCAUCAAAAACUCUUCCAACGGACAUGUCACUGACUUUUCAACUCGUUUUUCAUUCACAAUCGACGUAUCUUUAGGAACCAUCUAUGGUGAUGGCUUUGCCUUCUACUUGGCACCCCUAGCAUACCGGAUUCCGACCACCACUUCUUAUGGCUCCCGUCUCGGGCUAUACGAUGACACCCAAAAUAACAUCGUUGCUGUCGAAUUCGACACUUUCAUAAACGAGUUAGACCCACCAAUGCAACACGUAGGGAUCAACAAUAACUCUGUGGCAUCUCUCAAUUAUACCAAGUUUGAUAUUGAGAGCAACACAGGGAAGAUGGGGCAUGCGUUAAUAACUUAUAAUGCUUCUGCCAAACUCCUUGCUGUUUCGUGGUCGUUUGAUGGAACUGGUUCUUCUUCUACUCCUACCGCUUAUCUCUCGUACAAGAUUGACCUGUGGGCUAUUUUACCGGAGUGGGUCAAUGUUGGGUUUUCGGGUUCAACUGGAUCGUCCACUGAGAAAAAUGUGAUCCAUUCCUGGGAGUUCAGUUCAAGCCUGGAUAUUAAUUCUACGCAUGGAGAGGGAAAAAAAGAAAAUGACAUCGCAACCAAAUGCAAGGUUCAGGUCAAAAUAGUAGUUGUUACAGUGAUUUGCUCUAUUGUUUUUCUGCUCGUGGUUAUUAGUGUUUCUUGGAUGACCAUCAAAAAGAGAAGAACGGAGGAUGGUUUUGGUUUCGAUAGAGAAGCAAUGCCUAGAAGGUUUGGUUAUGACGAAAUAGUUGCAGCUACCAACGGGUUUGUAGAUGAUAGAAGGCUUGGAGAAGGAGGCUCUGGACAAGUUUACAAAGGGUUUCUGAGUGAUUUACGGCGCGUGGUUGCAGUGAAAAGGAUAUUUUCUGAUGUUGAAGAUUCUGAGAGAAUAUUUAUAAACGAGGUGAAGAUUAUAAGUCGUCUUAUACAUAGAAACCUUGUGCAAUUCAUGGGGUGGUGCCACGAGAAAGAGGAAUUGUUACUGGUUUUUGAGUACAUGAUUAUACGACGACUUUGUUUUUUCAAGAAAAAAAAAAAAAGAAACCUUUAA